AUUCAUUUUUACUGAAAAAUCUUCGAAAAAUGGAAGCAAAGGGUUUUAUGCUAACUUGCGCACCUCCAUUACCACCACCACCUCCAAACUUCACCAGAAGAGGAAUUUAUCUCCAUCAUCAUCAUGUUCAUCAUCUAGCUUCAAGUUUAACCUUAAUGACACCCAAAUUAUCUUGCAGAACAGUUCUGAGGAAGAGUAAGACCAAAGAAGAAGAAGAAUUACAGUACUUAGAGGGGCUUCCAGAAAAAUUUCAUGAUGAUGAAUGGCAAGCUGCCCAAAGAGAAAAGACUAAGGAGUUGCAAAGAUUACGCGAAGAAGAAGAUGAAGAAGAGAACAAGAAGAUUGAAGAGUAUCGUGAGAUUGGUAUGCGUUUGAAGGACUAUCCUGAUGAAGAAGUUCGAGAAGCAAGGAAAUUGGUUUCGAGUUUUAUUAGAGCUGGUGAGGAAGUUGAGGAGAAAAUAGAGGAAGCUGCUGAGAGAGGAGAGCUGACUGAGCUUGUUCUUAUGGUCGUAUGGAAUCGCCUUGAUCUUGCUCGACGUGAUGAUGAGAAAGAUGCAAUUAGAAGUCUAGACCUCUUAUACAGGAGAAUUGAGACAGAAAUUUUGAAGAGGGAAGCUACCGGGGCCAUGAGAUUGCUAAAUGAUCUCUUGAAUCUUCACGAUGGAUUUGAUGAUGAAGGUUGGCUGAAGCAAUGCAGAAAGCAAAUGGUUGAUACCUUCCCAAGAGAGGAUCCGUUCAGUUUGCUUGUUCCAUCAGGGUUUGACAUAAACACGCAUCAAGGUCCAUUCAGACCACCGCCAGAAGAUUCUGAUGACCUUUUACUGAGGAUAGACUUUGUAAGAGAGGUAGAUGCUUUGUUACAAGAAGUUCGCGCUGAACAGGAAGAAGCGGAGACUGCAGAAGGAUUUGAUGCAGAAUCCAUUGCAAGUAGAUUGAAGCAACAUGAGAAACAAAGAACUAUAAACCAAAUAGAAGCUCUAUUAAAUCUAGCUGCAUCUCUGAAAUGGUAGUAGUUCAAUGACCCAAAGAAACCGUAAUGUGAUCACACUGACAGAGGUAGGGAACAAUGUGGAUUCAAAAGGUCACCACUUCUCAACAAUAAACAGAUCCACAGUAAACUGCUGGCCUGUUUUUGAGUAGUGCCUUGAUGGACCCGAGCAGAUACAAAAGGGGGUUUGGCAAGUUAAAUGAAUGGGAAGUUGCUUCAUCAAGAAUAAUUGUCAGGGAAGAUAUCCUUAUGGGUCAUAAACUACAGCGAAGUAGUCCAUUGAUUUAAAGAUAUCGAUGGACACAGAAGUUGCCUGAAUUUGUAAAAGACAUCUGAACACUUAAUAGUCAAAUACUGCAAGUUACUCUUGAGAGACGGGAAAUGUAAUCCUAUUUAUGUAACUUGAUGGAUGUCUAAUAGAGUUCAUCUUUAUCGUUAAAUUUUUGGAUUUGUGCACCA